GUGGUCUCUCCCUAGCACUAGGCAGAUGUUGAUCUUUGGCAGGUGAUUGUCUGCUUUCUAAGAUGGCUGACAAAAGCAACACUGUUGUGAAAGAAGGCUUUCUAAUCAAGUCACCUCCCCAGGACAAGCUGAUGGCUAACUGGCACAAACGGUACUUUGUCGUAUGGUCUAGUGGGUACAUGGAGUACUACAGCUCCAGUGAAAAGAAACCUCAGGAUUACCUCAAGACAAUAGACCUAAACGGAUGCGACGACAUGGUGGCACCUUUCCCGAUCAGUGGCCGUACAUUCAUCAUCAAAAUAGCUAUUAUUGUCAAGGGCAAAAACAGAGACUAUUUUUUUGACUGUGAGAGUCAGGACACAAUGGACGAAUGGGUUGCUGUGCUGGCUGAUGUAUGUGGCUUCUCAGCAGUUGACUGUGAAGUGGAGGAAGACAACUAUUUCGAAGUGUCUUCCCGAUCUCUAGACACUGUGUCUCCUCCUCACUUACCCAUAUCCUCUAACUCACAAUUUCCUGAUCACACUACACAACCCUCUCUAAUGAACAAGCCAAAGCUCCGCCCACCUCUUCCUCCACCCAAGUCAUCCCCAUCUCGGGGGUAUGAUGGGACUUCCCUCUAUGAAGAUCCAAACUUGGUUCAUUUGCCAGACCAGUAUUCAUUUGCUGAGCAGGUUGAUGAUGUAUACGAUAGUAUUAUCUCUGACACAGUGCUCCAGAAGCUCAACUUGCAGCCUCCUCCUGUUUGGAAAAACCCUGCCAAUAGUGUUCCUCCUCCACUACCUCCUAACAGGCAAUCAAAGAGAUUUACAAAGAUACUAGAAAGUGAAGUAAUUUCGUCAUUUGACGAGACACAAUUUGACUUCCCCAGUGGACCCCCUCCCCCACUUCCUGACAGGUCACUCAGAGAUGAAUCGCCGAAUUUAAGGCCCCCCAUGAACAAUAUAUCUUCAAGGCUAUCUCCUUUAUUGACCAGGACUAAAAAGCUCCAACCACCACCACCUCCUGUUAAGAAUAGGGCCAACACCCCUCCUGCUAUGCCUUUUGCUGUCAAUUUCAAAUCAGAUUUAGGAUCAAAGUUGAAACAGAGAAGACAGGUGUCGAGGAGCUGGAGUGAAGAUGAGCAAGGCCCAUAUGAAGACAUUGAAUACCCUCCACGGUCUCCAGUACAUAACAGAGAACUGUCCAAAUCAGCAGCUAGGGAGCGAUUGAUGAGUGAAGAGGAGAGUCUUGAGAGUGACACUGACAGUUAUGUGGAUUGUGACCCAAACUCACCCCAGGCAUAUUUGGACUACAACCAUUCCAGCAGAGAAAAGAGUCUUCCUCUUCCACUACCACCCAGACAUGUUGAUCGGUUACCUGUGCCACUUCCUCCUCCAUCUCAAACAAACACUGCCCCCCCUUUGUUAUCUUCGGACGAUGAGUCAGCCCCACCUGUGCCAAGACGUCACCCCCAGGCCUCUGGUCGGUCCUUACAUCAAACAACAACAACACCGAAUAAACCGAGAUCCUACCCACAUAUUGUGAACAACCCUAUUCCACUACCACCACGAUCAAAAUCCCCUAUGAACUAUGCAGACGAUGACGAAGUACCCCCUGUACCACCUAUCAGAGGGCCAGAGUCUACUCGACCGCCUUUAAGCAGACCACAUAGUGAGAAUAAGACUAAUUCUCUUCCUUCUCACACCCCUCAGCGAGGAAUAUCCGUACCUGCAGGGGGAACACGACUCCCAUUGCCACCACCCAAGAUUGCCUUAGGCUAUCAUGAAACCAAAAACGAUGAUCUUUUCGAAGAUGUUAGUUUUAAUAAAAAGAGUGACAUCCACAAACAGUCCUCACCUGUGCCUAAACAGCCAAAGCAAAACAUUACACAUGUACAACCAAGCUGGAAAAGGUCGGAAAUAGCAACGGAAGAUGUUUCUAGCAGACCACCAGUACCUAUUCCAAAGAGUACAAAAAGGGAAAUUUCAAUGGAAAAUGUUUCUAGCAGACCACCAGUACCUAUUCCAAAGAGUGCAAAAAGAGAAAUUUCUCCUAAACCUAUACCCUUACGAAAGCCCAACAACAUGAGCCACAAACCAAAGGCCACUUCACCACCCCCCGUCGCAAAUAGACCAAAAGUUAAUAGCUCUUCGCUCGAUAACCUAUUGAGUAUUGAUUCUCCUCAAAAUUCUAGAAAGAAGCUCCCUGGACCACCAGUCAGUCCGGGGGGGAUGAGGAAGAAAUGGCAAGAACCACAUCUAAAUGGUACCGAAACGGCUGUGAAAAAGCAGUCUGCUCCUGAUGUUAGAAGAGACAUUGAUGCUGUAUUAAAGAGAAAGCCUACCUCUCCUGUAAGUCCAAGCGUAAGAAAAAAACUUCCAGAGCCAUCAUUUUUGAACAGUAAACCUAAACCUUCAGAAAUUCCACGUACCCAACCAGUCAAAAAUUCGGGAAUGAGAAAAACACUACCUGAUCCACCUGUCUCAAACAUGUACAAUCCGGAACCAAAGAGGAUAUUUCCUAGUGGCCCUGAAACAGCAAGAAAGCCAUCAGAAAUCAGAAAUUUUAAUCAUGGAGCACCGAAUGGUCCAGAGACAGCAAGGAAGCCAUCAGAAAUCAGAAAUUUUAAUUAUGGAGCACCUAAUGGUCCGGAGACAGCAAGGAAGCCACCACCACCUACCCCUAAAGCGAAACCUGCAGUCCUGAGCAAAAUUCAGAACAGUGAACUGGCCGCUUGUUUGCAGAACAAUAAUCCCUCUCUGAGUAGACAUGGAGGUGCCAGUAGCUCUAGCCAGAGACCUGUAGUAGCACUCAAGCCAAAACCAAUGUUGCCUCCAAGGUAGCAAAUUUGUGUCUUUUUAAUCAUUAAUAAUUAUUUUGUUGCUUUUUGUAUAAAAUAAUACCGCACACACAUAAUUUAUUCAACUAUUGA